ACUGAUUGAGUAAUUGUGCAGCAGCACCAGCCCCUAAAACGCUUUCACGAAAUUGACGGUGUCGGUGAUCCCCAGUUUCUCUCCCACAAGGCAAUAGAAACAAAGAGAACCGAAUCCGGUUUUGAAGGGUCGGAUCGGACAGGAAUGGCGGCAUCGAGGCGGCUCCGGGACCUGCAAUCGCAAGCGGGGAACAAGAUCUGCGUGGACUGUGCCCAAAAGAACCCGCAGUGGGCGUCGGUGUCCUACGGCGUCUUCAUGUGCUUAGAGUGCUCCGGCAAGCACCGCGGCCUCGGUGUUCACAUCUCCUUUGUCCGAUCCGUGACCAUGGACUCCUGGUCCGAGAUCCAGAUCAAAAAGAUGGAGGCCGGCGGGAACGAGCGGCUCAACGCGUUCCUCGCCCAGUACGGCGUCCCCAAGGAGACCGAUAUCGUCACCAAGUACAACACCAAAGCUGCCAGCAUCUACAGAGACCGAAUCCAAGCCCUAGCCGAGGGACGACCCUGGCGGGACCCUCAGGUCGUUAAGGAGAGCCUCGGGGUCGGGAAGUCCAAGCCCCCGCUGGCGCAGGGCAGGAACGGUAGUUACGGGAACACCGGAGGCUGGGAUAGUUGGGACACCGAAGACGGGUCCAGAUCCUCUUCCGCCAACGAUUUGAGGCGGAACCAGUCGACGGGCGACGUUAGAGGUGCCCCGGGCGUGGGAGGCGCGCCGGUGAGGUCGAAGUCGACGGAGGACAUUUACACGCGGUCGCAGUUGGAGGCCUCUGCCGCGAACAAGGAGAGCUUCUUCGCGAGGAAGAUGGUCGAGAACGAUUCCCGCCCCGAGGGACUUCCGCCCUCGCAAGGGGGCAAGUACGUCGGCUUUGGAUCCUCUGCCGCGCCUCCGCCGAGGAACGAUUCGCAAGGCGAUAUGUUUUCCGUUGUUUCUCAGGGGAUCGGUAAGCUAUCUUUGGUUGCUGCGACUGCGGCUCAGUCGGCCGCGAAUGUUGUCCAAGCUGGCACAAAAGACCUUACUUCUAAGGUGAAGGAAGGUGGUUAUGAUCACAAGGUAAAUGAGACUGUGAAUGUUGUCACUGCAAAGACAUCAGAGAUUGGGCAGAAGACAUGGGGGAUCAUGAAGGGUGUCAUGGCAAUGGCUUCACAGAAAGUUGAAGAGUACACUAAAGAAGGUGUGAAUAGCUGGCAACGGAAUGAUAGUGAGAGAAAUGGAUUUUAUCAGGAGUUUAAACAGGAGAACCAAGGAUGGAAUUCUUCUUCUGGAGGAGCCCAGUCGUCGUCGACUGGGUAUAAUUCUUACAGUUCGGGUUCUUGGGAUGAUUGGGACAGCAAAGACAAUAGGAAGGAAGAAUCGACAAAGGGAGCUGCAUCCCAUGCAUCCCAUAACAGUGACAGUUGGGCUGGCUGGGAUGAUGCCAAAGAUGAUGGAUAUGAGAACUUCUACCAGAGUGCCUCAGAUAAAAAUGCUGUUGGUCACAAUGGGAAAUCAGAUUCAACAUGGACUGGUGGAGGCUUUCUCUAAGGUGAAUGAUUUCACGAUUUUACUGAAAUCCUGGUUUACACAUAAAUCGGUGGACAAAAAUUAUAGUAGCAUUAAAACUGGUGGCUGGCUUUGGCGAUUUGAGAAAUGAUGAAUACGAAAAUUAGAAUGCAGCUGACAAGAAAGUUGUUGGUUGCUAUUGGAUCAGAUCCCAUGUGGAUGGUUGUUGCUUUUUCAAGGUUAGCAUAUUUUCAGCAAGCCACUUCCUUAGUUUAUAUUUUAAAUGUUUUAAAAGUUCUAAUGUAAUUUCUGGGAACGUCUUUGUGUGUUUGAGAAUAGUUUAUAUCUGUACAACUGUUAUCAGGAAGGGCAAUUGCCCAAUCAGAAAGAGGACUUCUGUGGGUGUGUGAGGACUGUUAUUUGUGACUUAAAAAUUCAAAAUUGCUUUUGAUUUGUAAUGACAAAUUGUUCUCUCAAUAUUUUUUGAUUUGUGUCCUCCA